AUGUCGAACGAAAACAUAUCUCCCAAUAGUAGUAACACUGAUUUACCAAAACUGACUAAUGAUGAGGGCGAAGCUAUCGACACAAGCAAAUUCUCUCCCAACGAAAUGAAACUAUUAAAAAUGUAUGGUAAGUUGCCAUCAAAAAAAGAUAUUUUUAAGCAUACCAUGGAAAAGAGAAAAUAUUUUGAUAGUGGUGAUUACGCUUUGCAAAAAGCAGGCAUUCAAAACAACGAUCCAAUAAAUUAUGGUAAGAAUAAUCUGCCCUUGACCAACCCUAGCAAGCUACGAGAAGAUAUAAUAAGAAGAAGGAUAAGCACCUGUCCAUCGACUGCGUCUACUGCUGGGGUAGUAGACAACGCAACUUUGAUACAGAAGGAGGGCAGUAUAUCGAGUGGACCACCAUCGUCUAACAACGGUGCGAUUGGAGGCAGUACGAGUUCAACUCCAACUGGCAAUCACGGAUCUUCACCUCCUAGUCUACAUGGAUCAUCCACUAGAUAA